AUGGCCUCCGUUGACUACUCCAAAGUACCGGUUAUUGAAAAAUCACUUCAUGUACCACCUUUGGAAGAAAUAGUAGAAGUUUUAUCACAAAAACUACCAUCAAAUUUCGAGUAUGUCAGAGUGUCUGCUGAGGAGAGUUCAGACCUUACACAGUCUCCCUACAACCUGACGUCACCAGGUCUGUGUGGUGACGCCAAGCUGGUGGAGUUGGGCGGCCCACCGUACCUGGUGCCCACGGUGAGACGAGACAAGCUGUACUCCUUGACGGACUUGUUGCGCCACCUCCGCCGAGACCCGGCGCUGCUGGCGGGAGCCGGCGCCGGACCCUGGCCCUACCUCGGAGUCAACUGUGAGGGUAUCAUCAACGUGUACGUCAAAGACAGCGCCGUGUCUCAAGGAUCGCACGUGGUGUCCGUGUCUCCGGUGGGCGCGCCCAAGGGACAGUCGUCGUUUGUUCAGGAGAAGCUGCCGGCCAACGAGACCCGCACCGCCUUACUCGGGAACUACCUGCUGUCCAACGGAGAGCCGGGGAAGGUGAUCAAAGUGGUCGCUAAGAAACGCAUCGGCGAGAAAAACUUCAUCACCGCCAUCAGAGAAGCGCUCAAAGAGCACUAUGGAGAUAAAGUAGUAGGUCUCGGCGGGACGUUCUCGCUGCUGGAGGGUCGCGCCAAGCACCACGUGAUGCCGGACUUCUCCCCCACCCCUCUGUGUAGCGACUCCGACGUGGACUCGUGGCUGCACUACUUCGAGCACUCGGCGCCGCUCGCUCACGUGGGCACGCUGGUGACGGGCGACCUGGGUCUGGACCUGCGAGUCCAACACUUCCACGGAGUGAGCGAGCACGGCCAGGGAGGUCACUACCACUACGACACCACGCCUCACGACGCGCACUACGAGGGAUACUUCACCGUCGCCGGCUCCGUCAUACGGAUCGACGCGCCCGAGAACACACACGCCAUAGGACGGGACUGA